AUGGCACUUCUCUCGAGAUCGAAGUCAGCGAAAUCGUUGCUUCACAUAUCAAGGAAGAGCACAAAGCAGCACACGCCGCUUUUUGACAUCCGGCUGGACACUCCAGACAAAGACGUGCUCGUGCUAAAAGGAGCAGCAGAGGAGGCACCUCCGGUGAUGUUGUCCGGGGUGGUUGUGCUGUCUGUGACGGAGCCUAUCGCGGUGAAAAAACUCAAUUUGCAGCUUUAUGCAACGAUCACGAUGCACUGGGAGGACAAGUACCGGUCGAGCAACGGGAGUAUUUUCAAGAAACCGUACAGUCACACGGCGGUGAUCUUCAACUACCAGUGGGACUCGUUGAACUUGCAGGAGUUUCUUGAGCAGAAGACGCGGGAAGUAUUGGCCGGGGAGGGAGCAGGUUGGAAGCAGGGGGGCGAGGCGAUGUCGCGGAACGGGAGUAUGGGGGGAGCAUUGUGGGGAGCGUUGAAGGGAGCGUGGUGGGGAGUGUGCGGGGGAGCCUGGUGGGGCUAUCGGGCGCGGCCCGAACUUUCACCGGGCACCACACCGGGUACCCCGGUAGCCCCACCGGGCACUCUGGACUACCGGGUGCCGUCCAGCAGCUCCUUGGUCGGGUUCACCACCGGCCACCAGGCAGGCUCCCACUCCUCCUCGUACUCGUCACUCUCGUCGCUCCCGAGCGUCCACGCCGCAGAGGCCGCCGCUGCAAGCCUGGAGGCCAACUCUGUCGGGUCAGGCAGCACGGAGGCGUCCGGGGACAUGCCGAAUAGUGGGAGUGCAGGAAACCCGCUCGCCCGCAGCUUCAGCACGUCGAACCUCCGGCGAAACAAGUCCGCCACGACCCUCGCCGGGUUGUCAUCGGCAGUGUCGACGAAGCUGGAGUCUACUGUGCUCGCCCCGGGCAACUACGAGUUCCCGUUCCGCACGGUGUUGCAGGGGUCGAUUCCCGAGUCGAUCGACGGGCUCAAGGGCUGCUCGCUCGUCUACCGCAUGCAGAGCGUGUUGGAGCGGAGCCGGUUCUCGCGGCCGAUCCUCACGCAGCGGAUAGUGCACGUGGUGCGAACACUUCGGGCAGAUGCCAGUGAGCUCACGGAAACGGUGGCAGUCGAUAACACGUGGCCCGGGAAAGUGGACUACUCGAUCAGCGUUCCAACCAGGGCCAUUGCAGUGGGCUCGGUGUGCAACGUGGAGAUCAUCCUGGUGCCGCUUGCGAAGGGGCUCCGGCUAGGCACGGUGAAGAUCAAGCUUGCCGAAUACGCGAGCCUGGUGACUUCAGCAUCGUCGCACACGCAGGAAAAGCACGUUUUGACCAAGAAGAUCCUGCCGGCCCUCGCAGACUCCCCGGACAGAGACGUCUGGGACCCGGAGUCGUACGCGGCCGACCCGGAGGGCGUGUUCUACCGGUCGCAGUACCUCACCUUGAGCGAGGACCGCUGGCUGGUCCAGGCCCCCUUGCAGAUACCGGCCUCGCUUGCACACAUCACGCAGGAUUGUGACAUCAAGGGCUCCGUCAAGGUCCGCCACAAGCUCAAGUUCUCAAUUGGCCUCGUCAACCCGGAUGGCCACGUGUCCGAGCUCCGGGCAACACUCCCCAUCAGCAUCUUCGUCUCACCUUUUGUCCCGGUCUCUGCCAGGGGACUCGAUGGGUUCGUGGCCCCAUUCUCACUCUCCAACUACGAGGAUGCCACUUUGAAGGUGCCCGGCUCAGACACACUCUUCGAGGCCACAAUGGCCCCCCCAUCCAUCCAUUCUCUUAGCUCCUCGUCCACCGCCCACAACUCCUUCAUAGCCGGCUCUCCUCUCUCGCACCUCAACAUCUCCACCGCGUACUCCUCGCCCCAGCUCUACCGGGGGGCCUCUGCUGCAUCUGUCAUGACUGCUGCCGAUCCCCAGCCCAACAGUCAGCUCAGCACCCAACAACUUAUGGCUCCGCCCAGCUACGAGCACCAUAUCUUUGACCAGCUUUGCCAGGCUGCUGAUGAUGCUGUCCGUUAUGAUCCGCCGGUUUUAAUGAAUCAGGUUGGCAAAGCAACUUCUGCAGCCAGCAAAGAAGGUGGCAAAGAAGGUGACAAUGCAACCAGCAAUGGAAUCACCGAACCUACUUCUGCAACCUCCGCUACCAAUCCACCAUCCACUCUCUCCUACUUCCCCCAACCUAGCAUCAUCUCUGGCCCCUCCUUCCAAAACGGACACGCCCACUACCGCAACGGCACCUCCUUCUCCACCGCCAACCUCUCAGCCAUCGCCUCCCCACAGUCCAUAACCCCGGUCCAGUACCUCUCCCGCGUCGGCUCCUUCAUAAACGAGCCCCGCUCACCGGGCACAGAGAAAUGGAACACCAAGGCUUUGUCCCGCGUCCCGUCCUACGAAACUGCCAUCAAGACCGACGCCGCUUCGGAGUACCUGACCCCGGCUUACGAGCCUCCAAACCUCGAGUCACAGAUCAACUUGGAUCUUCUCGAUUCUCGCUUGGAAAGCGUCAACGAGUCCGCUGACAGCUCCCACGUGCCAGAGAGGCCUCCUCUGCACACCUACGCCUCAGAGAUAUCUGCCCACACGGCCCGCAGGUCGCACGGCCCGGCAAAAUUCACCCUCCAGGGUAACGAGGACCCGGCAGACCACCAGAGUGGUUUUUCGCACUCCACAUACCAGACUGCUGCCAGCUCCUCUGCCAUGCCUUCACUCUCCAGAACACGCUCUUCUGGAAGCAUGCUGGCUGCUGCUCAUGCCCUGAAGCCCAGCUUUGGCUCCACCACCUCCUUGCUCUCAAAGCAGUUCCACAUGCUACACAGGAUCAACUCCAACACCUCCAUCGGCUCCAAGGAGGAUGGCUCUUCCACAGCCGGCUCUCUAAGGGGAAAACGCUCCAAAUCCACCCUCAACUUCCACCUGUUUCACCACUGA